AUGAGGCUCGCCUUGCUGCUAUCCGUUUGCACCGUUCGCACCGCAUAUGCGGCAUUUGGAUAUUCUUCUAGUGGGAGUACAAUCACCGUCGACGCAGGCAGCUCCAACUCCCUCGUCUUCAAGGUCAAUAGCAACACCUGCGACAUCACUUCGCUCGUCUAUCGUGGAGCAGAAUACCAGUACCAGUCCACCUACUCACAUAUUGGCUCUGGACUCGGCUCAGCCUCUGUAUCGGCCACGCAGAGUGGCUCUUAUAUCAAGGUUACUUGCGUUACGUCGACGCUGACCCACUAUUAUGUUGUCAAGAGCGGUGACUCGACGAUCUAUAUGGCAACUUACAUCACCGCAGAGCCUUCUAUAGGGGAACUCCGUUACAUUGCGCGUCUCAAUAGGUCUCUACUACCGAAUGGUAUUCAAGGAUCCUACACCGACCUCACAAGCUCCACGGUCGAGGGUUCGGAUGUGUUCAGGGCAUCUGAUGGCAAAACAUAUUCCAAGUUUUAUUCGAGUGUUCGCCAUAUCGACGACCAAGUUCACUCGGUGAGCGGCAACGACGUUGUCAUUUCAAUGGUAAUUCCGAACCCUACGAGCUAUGAAUCAUCGUCUGGAGGACCAUUCCAUCGGGACAUUAACUCUGACCGCGGAGCCGCCUAUCAUGCCCUGUAUUUCUACAUGAACUCUGGACAUGCGCAAACCGAAAGCUAUCGAAUGGGACUUCACGGACCGUACGCUAUGGUCUUUAGCCGUUCUGGCCUGCCAUCAAAGUCCUUGGACGUAUCCUUCUUUGGGAGCCUCGGUAUCCAAGGUUGGGUGGGCGCUAGCGGGCGCGGAACCGUUAGUGGCUCGGUGUCUGGCGUUUCCAGCAGCUACCAGCGCGUGGUACACUGGUACAACAAUAACGCCCAAUAUUGGGCGUACGCUUCGUCGAGCGGUUCGUUUACCUCUCCUCCUAUGAAGGCUGGCACCUAUACGAUGAAACUUUACCGGGACGAGUUCGAGGUAGCAAGUCAGACCGUGUCGGUCGGUGCCGGUGCAAGUGUUACAUCGAACAUUGCGUCACAAGAGGCUGCGAUCAGUCCUCUUUGGUCUAUUGGAGAGCUGGAUGGACAGCCCGAUGGAUUCCAAAAUGCCGAUUUGCAGCAGCACAUGCACCCCUCUGACGUUCGAAUGUCAACCUGGAACGCAAAAACAUACAUUGUGGGAAGCACUGCCCUCUCCGGGUUCCCUAUGGCGCAAAUCAAGGACUAUAACAAUCCUACGACAAUCAAGUUUACCCUCACAUCAGCGCAGACUGGAGCAGCAACUCUCCGGAUCGCGACAUCGCUCUCAUACGCCGGUGGUCGUCCCCAAGCUACAGUCAACGGCUGGGUUGGCCCAGUUCCUGGUGCACCUACAGAUUUGAACUCUCGAGGGUUCACUCGUGGAACGUAUCGCGGCUUCAAUAUCAUGUAUACAGUCAAUAUACCCGCCGGAACGCUCAAGGCCGGUGAGAACACAAUUCUCAUCAACGUCAUCUCUGGAAGCACGUCUACUGGAUUCCUCUCACCCAGUUUUGUCUACGACUCUGUCCAACUUAUCACAAGUGGAUCCUCGUCUGGUACCUCUAGUACGAGUACAACCAGAGCGAGUUCCUCUUCCUCCACGAGACCGACUUCGACAACUGCAAGUGGAGGCGCCCCUCUUUACGGGCAGUGCGGUGGGGCCAACUGGACUGGCCCAAUGACUUGUGCAAGUGGGACAUGCACAUAUAGCAAUGAAUGGUACUCACAGUGUCUCCCCUAA